AUGGAUGGGCAUGUGAAUUUAUGUCGCGUGGUUGGAUUACCUUACCUGUGUUUGCAGUUUGCAGUUUGCGCGAAUUCGCAUGACUCACUAAAUAUAAAAUCGAGGUUUGUUUUACCGUUUUGGACCAAUUGGAAGCAGAUAGUUGCUGAUUUGAGUGAAGAUCAACCGACGAGGACGACAAGCUUGUCACUUCCUUGCAAAUCUGCUCAAAUUUGGGCGAAAAUAUUUUGCUGUGGGCUGCUAUUUGGUAACGGUGCUGGAUUUUGGUCUUUUAUGUUUUCUGCAGCUUUAGUCAGAGGAACAAGGUGUGGAUUUUCCUCCACAAGCAAUAGAGACGGCUUAUUCUGGUUAUGCUGUCUGGUUGAACAUGUUCCGACCAUUGCAUCAUCCCCUACAGCGACUUCAUAUUUCCGGUCUUUUACUGCCCACAAGUGCAUACAUCAAAGAACUUACAGAACACCAGCGCAACUUUCAGAAGUUCCCUCCUUAUCUUCUCCAUCAGGUUUUCUUUUAAUGCAGAAAUCAAACAUCUUUGAAAGCUGGCUCCAUUCCAGAUACAUAAGUAAUGAAUCAGUUCAGCUGAAGGCUGAGAAUGGUGUCAUACGGUUCUCUCUGGAUGAACCUGGUGAUAUUAACUCAGCAAAGAAGAGCCCCAAGAACAAAAAAAUUAAGAUGUCUAGAAAGGCUAAAUUGAAUGAGCUCAGGUUCUAUCGUUUGAAGGCCAAGAAAAAGAUGAAUUCCCCAAAUCCAGAAGUUAGAAUUAGAUAUAAGCUUGAAAAGGCCAAGCGAAAGGAAACCUGGUUGAUUGAGAAACUAAGAAAAUUUGAUGUACCAAAACCCCCUCCAGAAACAUCUGAUCCUGAAAUUCUAACCGAGGAGGAGAGGCAUUACCUGAAGCGCACGGGUGAGAAAAAGAAACAUUAUGUUCCAGUUGGGAGACGAGGAGUGUUUGGUGGGGUAGUUCUUAAUAUGCAUCUUCACUGGAAAAAUCAUGAAACAGUAAAGGUUAUCUGCAAGCCUUGCAAACCAGGGCAAGUUCAUGAAUAUGCUGAAGAGCUCGCUAGACUGAGCAAAGGCAUUGUGAUUGACAUCAAGCCCAACAAUAUAAUCAUUUUUUACCGUGGAAAGAACUAUGUGCAACCGGAAGUAAUGUCACCUCCAAAUACAUUAUCAAAAGCAAAGGCCUUGGAGAAAUAUAGGUAUGAGCAGUCCCUUGAGCAUACUAGUCAGUUCAUUGAAAAGUUGGAGAAAGAGCUUGAAGAUUAUCAUCAGCACCUUGCAAAGUUUAAAAAAGUGAAAGAGGAUACUACUAAAGAUGGAAUGGAGAAGCGUGACUCUAUCUUUGCUGGACCCAAAAUGUCACAUACAUGAGGCUCAGACAACCUGAUCUUGUUUGCUAUUGAGGAAAUAUGAGUGCGAGUUUCUGCUCUACUACUGUAACAAUAUCACCAGUUACCCCAUCUGGGAUGGAAUGUCAAGCAUCACAGAGAUUCUACUCCAAGGUUUUGCCUUUAUUGGAGAUGCCAAUGAUUGAAGCAGGGUUGCUCAAACCCAUUCCCCGGAUGCACCGUAACAAAGUUCAACACGACUUGCUCUGUAAUAUAUUUCAUAACAAGAUUUUGCAAGUGUGGUUUCAUUUAGGUUAGUACGGUGGAUGUUACUAUCAAUAUAAAUAUAAUAUUCCAAUGGUCAUUAGCUUUAA